UCUCUCUCUCCCUCUCUCUCCCUCUCUCUCUCUUUUUUUUCCCCUUGCACAAAAAAAAAAAAAAGCCAUGACUGCUAUCCCACAAUUCAUCUUCCCUGCGCCAUCUUUGUAUUAUUUCUAAUUUAUUUUGGAUGUCAAAAGACAUUGAUGAAGAUAUUUUCUCUGGAGUCUCCUUCCUCUCUAACCCGUCUCUCCCGAUGUGAACCGAGCGACUCACAAGCCACCGAAGCCACCAACCCACCAUGUCGCGCCGCAAGCAAGGCAAACCCCAGCACUUAAGCAAACGGGAAUUUUCACCCGAACCUCUUGAAGCCAUUCUCACUGAUGACGAACCUGAACAUGGCACAUUGGGAGCUCCGGAAGGGGACCAUGACCUCCUCACUUGUGGCCAGUGUCAGAUGAACUUCCCGUUGGGGGACAUUCUUAUUUUUAUUGAGCACAAACGGAAACAAUGCAAUGGCAGUCUCUGCUUAGAGAAGGCUGUGGAUAAGCCACCUUCACCCUCACCAAGUGAGCUGAAAAAAGCAUCCAAUCCCGUGGAGGUUGGCAUCCAGGUUACGCCAGAGGAUGACGAUUGUUUAUCAACGUCAUCUAGAGGAAUUUGCCCUAAACAGGAACAUAUAGCAGGUAAAGACGAGCCCAGCAGCUACACGUGUACGACUUGUAAACAGCCUUUCAACAGCGCCUGGUUCCUCUUGCAGCACGCACAGAACACACACGGCUUACGGAUCUACCUAGAAAGCGAGCACGGCAGCCCCCUGACGCCACGGGUUGGUAUCCCAACAGGACUAGGUGCAGAGUGCCCUUCCCAGCCACCUCUCCACGGGAUUCACAUUGCAGACAAUAACCCUUUUAACCUGCUCAGAAUACCCGGCUCGGUCUCGAGGGAGGCGUCGGGGCUGGGAGAAGGGCGCUUCCCACCCACGCCGCCCCUCUUUAGCCCUCCCCCGAGGCACCAUUUGGAUCCGCAUCGCAUUGAGCGCCUGGGUGCGGAAGAAAUGGCCCUGGCCACCCAUCACCCUAGUGCCUUUGACAGGGUGCUGCGACUGAACCCCAUGGCGAUGGAGCCCCCCGCUAUGGAUUUCUCCCGGCGGCUGCGGGAGCUGGCCGGCAACACCUCCAGCCCGCCCUUGUCCCCGAGCCGGCCCAGCCCUAUGCAAAGGUUGCUGCAGCCCUUCCAGCCCGGCAGCAAGCCCCCGUUCCUGGCCACGCCGCCCCUUCCUCCUCUGCAGUCCGCUCCUCCUCCCUCCCAGCCGCCCAUGAAGUCCAAGUCCUGCGAGUUCUGUGGGAAGACCUUCAAGUUUCAGAGCAACCUGGUGGUCCAUCGCCGGAGCCACACCGGGGAGAAGCCCUACAAGUGCAACCUCUGCGACCACGCCUGCACGCAGGCCAGCAAGCUGAAGCGCCACAUGAAGACCCACAUGCACAAGUCCUCCCCCAUGACGGUCAAGUCAGACGACGGGCUCUCCACCGCCAGCUCCCCCGAGCCGGGCACCAGCGACCUGGUGGGCAGCGCCAGCAGCGCCCUCAAGUCCGUGGUGGCCAAGUUCAAGAGCGAGAAUGACCCCAACAUGAUCCCCGAGAAUGGGGACGAGGAAGAGGAGGAGGAGGAGGAGGAGGAGGAGGAAGAAGAGGAGGAAGAGGAGGAGGACUUGAACGAGAGCGACAGGCCGGACUACGGCUUUGGGAUGAGCCUGGAGGCGGCCCACCACCACGAGAACAACUCGCGGGCGGGCGAGGAGGGCCGGUCGAUGCCGGACGUCAUGCAGGGCAUGGUCCUGAGCUCCAUGCAGCACUUCAGCGAGGCCUUCCACCAGGUCCUGGGGGAGAAACACAAGCGGGGCCACCUCCCCGAGCCCGAGGGGCACAGGGACACUUGCGACGAAGACUCGGUGGCCGGCGAGUCCGACCGCAUCGACGAAGGGGCAGUGAACGGCCGGGGCUGCUCCCCGGGGGAGUCCGCCUCGGGAGGGCUGUCCAAAAAGCUGCUGCUGGGUAGCCCCAGCUCCUUGAGCCCCUUCUCCAAACGCAUCAAGCUGGAGAAGGAGUUCGACCUGCCGCCCGCCGCCAUGCCCAACACCGAGAACGUUUAUUCCCAGUGGCUUGCCGGCUACGCCGCCUCCCGGCAGCUGAAGGACCCGUUCCUCAGCUUCGGCGACUCCCGACAAUCGCCCUUCGCCUCCUCCUCCGAGCACUCCUCGGAGAACGGCAGCCUGCGCUUCUCCACGCCGCCGGGCGAGCUGGACGGAGGGAUCUCAGGCCGCAGCGGCACGGGAAGCGGAGGGAGCACCCCCCAUAUUAGUGGCCCGGGCCCUGGCAGGCCCAGCUCAAAAGAGGGCAGACGCAGCGACACUUGUGAGUACUGUGGGAAGGUCUUCAAGAACUGUAGUAAUCUCACCGUCCACAGACGGAGCCACACGGGCGAGAGGCCGUAUAAGUGUGAGCUUUGCAACUACGCCUGCGCCCAGAGUAGCAAACUCACCCGGCACAUGAAAACACACGGGCAGGUGGGAAAGGACGUUUACAAAUGCGAGAUUUGUAAGAUGCCUUUUAGCGUGUACAGUACCCUGGAGAAACACAUGAAAAAAUGGCACAGUGAUCGAGUCUUGAAUAACGAGAUAAAAACUGAAUAGAGGUUCGACGUACCCCCCCAGCUGGCGCAGCGCCCAGGGAGCCCCGGACAUCUGGCAGUUUUCGGAUGGAAGUUCCAGAGCACUUAAAUUCUGAAAGGAGGUGAAGCUGGGCCGAGCGGCCGGCGGCGGCGCGGUGUCCGGAGGUGUCGCGGUGUCCGGAGGUGUCGCGGUGUCCGGAGGUGUCGCGGUGUCCGGAGGUGGCCUCUGUCCUGCUGGCUCGCCGUGUCCCCGGGAGAGCCGGAGAAGUCACCUCGCCGAAGGCAGCGCUCCCCGGGCUCCUCCUGCCUGCAAGACUAUCGUAUUUAUAUUUUGUAACAGAGUACAACACUUCUUUGGGGUUCUUUUGUUUGGUUGGUUUUUUGUUGUUGUUGUUGCCUUUUUUUAAUUGUUUUUUUUUUUUCUAAUAACGAAAGCAAACCCACCAGCCAAGGUGAAGGGCUUAGCGAUGGCUUCCACCGGCUCCUUUCCCCAUGGAAAAGACUAUCUUUGCGCUCAUGGACAGCCCGGCCUCUUGGUUUUAUCUCCAUGACUUGCCAUUUCUCAGAAAGCACAUCUGAUGUGACGAACUAAAAAUAAAAACAAAACACAGUGUAGGUCUGUGGGUGGGUGGGAAAUUGCCAUAAUAAAUGUUGGAGCUUUAGGUUUUGUUUGCUCUGUCUUUAAUUUUUAAUGCUAACAAGGGCCAGGCGGCUGGUGUGACUUUGUAUUCACCGUAUCGGCUGCGGAAAACCAAACGCUGGGUUUACAAAGGGAAAGUGGGGGCUGGUGUCAGUGCGAGGGGCCUCUGAGUUGGGGUCAACCCCUGUUGCGAUGGGUGGUGCUGAAGCGGAAGGUCUCUCCAUCGCCCACCUCCUCUUACUGACUGCCGGCUCUCGUGUUGCAUUUCUGCUGUUAAACCACGUGCUUUCGGGGCUGGUGGGUCUGUCACUUCCCUUAGUGUCUGUCUGAGGAGAAGCGAGGCCAGGUGGGGGGUUUCAGUGUGUGAUGGAGAUGCCGUGGGUACCAGGGAUGCAGAGCUGUGGGUACCAUGGGGUGCAGAGCUGUGGGUACCAGGGAUGCAGAGCUGUGGGUACUGGGGAUGCAGAUCUGUGGGUACCAGGGAUGCAGAGCUGUGGCUACUGGGGAUGCAGAUCUGUGGGUACCAGGGAUGCAGAGCUGUGGGUACUGGGGAUGCAGAUCUGUGGGUACCAGGGAUGCAGAGCUGUGGGUACCAGGGAUGCAGAGCUGUGGGUACUGGGGAUGCAGAUCUGUGGGUACCAGGGAUGCAGAGCUGUGGGUACUGGGGAUGCAGAUCUGUGGGUACCAGGGAUGUAGAGCUCUGGGUACCAGGAAUGCAGAGUUGUGGGUACCAGAGAAUGCAGAGCUGUGUGUACUGCAGAUGGGUGCAGAGCUGUGGGUACCAGGGGGUGCAGAGCUGUGGUUACUGGGGAUGCAGAUACAUGGGUACCAGGGAUGCAGAGCUCUGGGUACCAGGGAUGCAGAGCUGUGGGUACCAGGGGUUGCAGAGCUGUGGCAUGGGGGGAACUGCUGUCAGGUCGGUGCCCCAGUGUCACCCACCGAGCACCCCAGCCCUGGCACAGCGUCCCUGCUUGCUGGGGACACUUGUCCCUUGCUCAGGGCUGAGCACCCGCCCAAGGAGUUUGCUGAGCAGAAGAUGGGUUGUGUGCGUGCUCGUGUGCUGUCUCCGCGGGGAUUUAUAGGCUGUAGCGACUCGUGCCUGUGCCGGCGAGCGGGAAUGGACCUUAUUUGGUGAAAGAAACCAGCUGGGGAGCCAUGGAGCCGCUGGCCGGCCGUGUGGGGCUGCGGGGCGCAGUGGGAUGGAGCCGAGUCCCAGGGCAGCGCCAGCCGAUUGAUUUAUUUCGCGUCUUGUCUCCAUCCUCGCUUCUGCUUUUAUUGGUCUCCUUUCUUAAAAUCCGAGUGAGGCACCUGGCUGGGCUGACUCUCUCCUGGCAAAGAGGCCGUAGGGAAAAUGUCAUUGCCUUUGUGAUGGGUGGUCAUUGCGCUUUUGUUUGUUUUCUUUUAAAAACCCCAGGCUGUGGUUCUCCUGUGGUCCGGGUCAUAGCACAAGCACAGACACUUUUGUACCUUGGAGCACGGCGAGGGCUCAGGGUGGGCAGCAAAAGCUCUGGGGUCAAGUCAGGAGCCUGGGGGGGACCCAAAGGGAGAUAUUGCCGCUUCUUUUAAGGCAAUUUGGUCUUUGAGGUCCAAUUACCCCAAAGUCUGCACACACCCGAAGCUUUUUUUAUCAUUAAGAGAUGUUUUUAAAAGGUUUGUACUAUCCCAGCCUGUGCUACCACCUCCGUAUCUGCUUAUAAGGGGUUUUUUGAGCCUUGGAAGGGUGAAUCCUGUUGCGUUAAGCAUCCUAUUGAUUGCAAACAUGCCAUGGGUGAGGGUUUAGCAACUCCAUGGGCUGCUGGCACCUCCACUGCUGCCCUGGGGCAUCUGCAGCCGGGCAGCUGUGUCAGGUCAGAACCAGCAGUGUUGUUAAUUGCAAAGGGGGUUGCUCUGCUCUCUCCUCCAAAUUGCAAACCAGGGAUCACUUGGGAUGUAUCUGCAGCAGCCCUGCAAUGCUUAUAAUAAGGGGCAGCUGCAAAGCUGCUUUCUGAGGGUUUUUCAGCGUGCUGGCCAGUUUCGGGGUGUAUUUACCCUUCCUUUGAGCACAGGCAAAGCUCAGUGCAUAGAUGGCUUUUGGGGGCAUCUACUUGUGCCUGGUGGACCAAGGGCAACGUGCUCAGAUUUCUCCAGCCAUGGCCCAUCUCUCCACAGCAGGAGAUUCUCCCAGGAGAAGGACAAAACAACAGAGCUGUAACAGUGAGAAGUUCUACCUGUUUUUUCAUGAAGUGUUGGGGUGAAGUGAUGUACAUUGUCCUUAAGAUGUAUAUUUUUUUAAUAUGGGUGUUAACCCUCCCGCAACUCUUAGGACUUUCAAACAUCUGCAGAAUUUGUGUUGCCUUAAAGUUACAAAUGUGUGUAAUGACUGUGCUGGGGGCUCCUCUGUGCUGCUGCAGGGUCGGAUCCUGCUCAGGCUCUUGCAAAGCAACUGGGCAGACCCAGCACCAGGUUUUGGUGGAGCUACGACGUUUUGGUAGAGCUACGAGGGUUCCCACAGCUUAGUGUGACCUGGGCUGCCAUGUGCGUUAAUUGGGGGUAUCAUCAUUAGGGUCCUUUUUUUGUCCGGCUGCUGCGAAGCUUUUUGCUGUGUCCGAGUGCGUCCCGUUGCGUUACAGCGGCUUAAUGAGUUUCUGCCAAUUAGCAGGAGUUGAGGGUUCCCUGCAAGGGGAGAGCUGGAAUCCUGUUCGCCUCAAAGCUGGAGGUUGCUGUGGUUUUGGGGCAAGAGGGGCGGAAUUCCCAGGGAUUUUGUAUUUUAGCGGAUUCCCAAUGUGUCAGUCUGCAUAUCAGAGUUAAAAGAUGAAGUACGCUCGGUCUUUAUAAAGAAAAUAAAGCUCCUAAAGUUUUGGACUUCUUAAUAAACAAAAGAAAAGCUUUCUCUUUGAGAUGAGCAAGAUACCUGGGAAUUAGCUACCUUAGCUUUGAUUUUUUUGGGGGGGUUUGAAAAGCCGCUUUCAAGCUUUAAGGCGAUUUGACUGUGCUGCAUUUUGUUUCUAAGCACAUUUUCGUGACACCAAAAUGCAGCGAAGGUCAAGCCUUUUGUGAAGUAUAACUUAAAUUUUGCUUUCAAAAGAACAUGUAUUUUGGAUUCGCGCCGCAUUCGGGCCGUGGGCUAUUACAAGGUGAGAAGAGAGGGGUGAAAAGAAUGUGUUGGAGGUCACUUAUUGAACGCGGUCUCUCCAGAAAGGAUCUGAAAACAGAUCUAAAAACCCCGUGAAUGGGAUUUCCAGUGACACUCCCAAACCUUCCACGUUCCAUUUCAACCCCAGCUUUGUGUCGGGUCCCAUUAAGCGACCUGUGGGACCAGCGGCGGCAUCAAAUUUUGAGGAUGCUCAAAAUAUAAGCCCUACUCCGAAAAUAAGCCCUAGUUACAGUUCAUUUAAAAAGUCGAUUUAAAUAGUGUUCAGGCAGCUAUAUGUGUAAAAAAAAAAAAGUAGUGAGUUUUGGAGCAAAAAAGAAUAUAAGACCCUGUCUUAUUUUUGGGGAAAUAGGGUCAAUUAAACCUUGUUGCCCCUCCAUCCCAACACCUCCUGAACCUCCCGAAAUCACCCUCUUACCAUUCAGCUUCUACGGGGGUCCAAAUUAUCAAUUAUUCCCAAGGAAAGAUAGAGUUAGAGGGGGAACACAACCAAAAAAAAACCACCCCCAAAAUAUGGCCCUUACUCCUUAAUCUCACUGGAUAGAGUUACACAUCUGGUAGAGGCUUGUUCGUUGUUACUGUUACUUUUAUUGCGUCUUUAGCGGUGAUGAAGUUCAGAUGGCAGAACCAGUGGGCCCCAAUUUAAUUUAGCCUGGGCCUCCCGUAACGAGCGCGACGUGAUCCCCGGGAAACUCUGGCUCGGCCGCAAUGAUGGGCAGAGGUGGUGCGGACAGACAGACGGACAGACAGACAAAACCCCCGUGGCAAGGGUGGGGGUGGAAAAAGGAGAAAUUUAGAAGUGGGGGUGAUGACGGGUGGGUUGGGGGAGUCUGUGCCAUUUGCUGUGUAAGCAUCAGUCAGUGCUGUGAGAUGGAUGGAUGGAUGGACAGACAGCUGUUCAUAUCGAAGCCCAGAAGCAAGAUCACAAGGUGGAUUUCCACUUUUUGGGUUGUUUUUAUUUUAUUUCGUUUUUAUUUUGGUGGUCGGGCUGUGUGCGCCGUGACGCUUCCAAGGUUGCUCUAACCCUGAUGGCUCUUCCCUGGUGAUUUCCAUGACCCUCUGGGUUUCCAGGGGUGAUGUACAGAAGCUCCCACCUCUCCCCCCGAUGUCUGCAAGUGCAUGUGUCUAAGGGCUAUACAGGACUCAUUUACGGGCCUCCCGUUGGUGGGGUAUGUGCAUGCAAAAAUGAAGGUUGUAUUUGGCUUCUCAUAUUCAGAUCUAUAUUCCAUAUUGUGUUGACCAAGAAAAAAACAAAGCAACUCAGCCCCUGUGCUGAAGAAUGUGAUGGACUGAUGACUUUCAGAAACAUACUGUAAAUCAAGGAAGCUAAUAAAUACUUGCUAUUAAUAAAA